AUGGCUGGCACAGUAGUCAUGAAUUACAUGUUUAACUUGCAUGGAUACUUAAAAGAUGACCCAGCUUACAAGAGAUUGCAUAUGAUUGCUGGGGUAGUACUAAUGUUAUCUGGCUUUUUCAAUAUUUUCCUGAUCAAAGGCAAGAAGAAAUUAAAGCCAGAGCAUAAACCAUGGUCUACAAUGCUUAAGCUUAAGCUAGUUAUAGCUCUACUAUUUACUCCUCUAAUCAACCCAUUACUAUCAGGGAUGACUUCAACUGAAGAAGAAUUAGCAAAGCUUAGAAUUAAUAUUCAGUUCUAUUUACUGAUUGGAAUGUUCAUUUACUCAACUUUUAUCAAGUACUAUAGAGAGGAGAUUUGUAACAACUUUGAUGAUGAUGAAGUUUUCAAGAAGGUUUAGGAGCUUUAAAAGAAGUACGAAAAAGGAGAUAAAGAAUUAAUUAGAGGAGUCCCAAGAAGUGAUGAGUAAAAAUCUAAGUGA